AUAAUCAAAUCGCGUAGAUGGCAGUAACUGUAUUAAUUCUUUUUUUUUUUUCUUUUUGUAACGAUAUUUGGAAGAUGGAUUGGGAGCAUCACGAGAAGCACAUGAGAGAUGAAGAAUUACAAAUUAACGAGACAGUUGAUUUUUCAAAGUUGUCAGAUGAAGAAAAAUGGAGGAUAGUCCAUAAACAAUUACAUGAGAAACAUAAAGGACAUGAAAAUAUGCAUGCAAUGAUGAUAUUAAUUCUAAUAGCAUCUGUUCUAGUUGCUCAAGUGGUCUUAGUAGAAUGGAAAAAAAGGCAUUACAGAUCGUAUCAGAGAGUUUCGCUUCUAGGAAUGUGGAUAAUACCCAUUAUAGUCUCUAUACAUCAUGGAUGGUGGCGAUUUAUUAUAAUCUGGUUUGUUGUUACUAUACUUACUGGUAUUGUUAUGAGUAAAGCUCUCCAAAAACCAAUAUCAGGUACAACUCCACGACUUGUGUACAAAUGGUUUUAUUUGAUAUAUAUGUUAAGCUAUGGACUAGGAAUAAUUGGCUAUAUUGUGAUGAUGUUAACAUUGUUGGGUGUGAACCUCAUUUUCAAAUCAAAAGCCCAACCCUGGUUUGAUUUAGGUUUGAUGACAUUGUUCUAUGGUCUAUAUUAUGGUGUUUUGGGAAGAGAUGUAGCAGAGAUCAUUACAGAUAAAAUGGCUGCAACUAUUGGGUAUUACACAACAACAGGAGUUCCAGUACGGCAGUUAGAACCCCACAUUUGUGCAGUGUGUGGAAAUAAGAUAUUGAUUCAAGAUAACUCCGAAGCAAUUGUCGAAAAAACAUUUAAACUUGCCUGUGGUCAUACCUUUCAUGAAUUUUGCAUUCGAGGAUGGUGCAUUGUAGGAAAGAAGCAAACAUGUCCAUAUUGCAAAGAGAAGGUAGAUUUGAAGAGGAUGUUUUGCAAUCCAUGGGAAAAACCACAUGUAUUUUAUGGUAGUUUCUUAGAUUUUGUCCGAUAUCUCGUUGCAUGGCAGCCGUUGAUCAUAGUAUGUGUGCAAUUCAUCAAUUACACUCUUGGAUUAGAAUAAAAGAAAGAAAAUAUGAUCUGCAGAAUACAAAUUAAAACAUUUUGUUUGAACUUUUAUUUUUUCUGUCGAUGAACGUUUAAAACUUAACAAAGUGCCAUUCCCAUCCUUUUUAUAUUGGAAGUUGUCCCCAUUUAAACUUUAAUUUCUAAAAACAAUGUAAAUUUUUACAAAAGCAAAAGUCUUACUUAUGAAGAAUGUAUACAGUUAGGCAAGGAUGAUAAUAAAUCGUGCAAUUUUCUGAA